AUGGACCCCUCCUCCCAUCACCAAGUGAAGGACUCCUUCCUUGUGGGGCGUGCGCUCCUCAACUUCACCUCGAUUUUCGUUUCGUUGGGGGUAUUUCUAUUUGGUUUUGAACAAGGGCUCAUGUCCUCGCUUUUAACGAACACUUAUUUCAAAAACUACUUCAACAACCCGAGCCCUGCGGCCGUGGGCACCAUGAUUGCCAUUUUGGAGAUCGGAGCGCUCUUCUCGCUGUUCGAAGCAGGCAAAGUAGGCGAUAGAAUAGGACGUAGAAAAACCAUCCGGUACGGGCUGGCCAUCUUUGUGGUGGGCGGGCUUUUCCAGGCGACGGCGCCGACCAUCUGGAUGCUCGGCUUUGGCCGGUUGAUCAGCGGUGUGGCCAUUGGCUUCUUGACCACCAUUAUUCCCUGUUACCAGUCUGAAAUCAGUCCCCCGACCGACCGGGGCUUCUAUGCGUGCUUGGAGUUUACGGGCAACAUUGUAGGCUAUUCCAGUAGUAUAUGGGUCGACUACGGCUUUUCGUUCUUGGAGAACGAUUGGUCGUGGCGGACGCCGUUGGCGGUGCAGUGUGUGAUGGGCUUUCUUCUCUUCAUGGGCUCGUUUGUGAUCGUCGAGACGCCGCGCUGGCUCUUGGACCAUGACCACGAUAUCGAGGGCUUGAUCGUCAUCAGCGACUUGUACGCGGAUGGUGUCAUCGAGAACGAGCUUGCCCGGUACGAGUUCCGUCAAAUCAAGGAGAACGUGCUUGUGCAGCGCAUUGAAGGCGGCGAGCGCUCGUAUCGCUACAUGUUUGCGCGCUACAAGAAACGGUUGCUGGUGGCAUGUUUUUCGCAGAUGUUUGCGCAGCUUAACGGUAUCAAUAUUGUCUCUUACUAUGCACCUAUGAUCUUUGAGAGCGCUGGCUGGGUCGGCCGCUCGGCUAUAUUCAUGACUGGUAUCAAUUCGUUGGUCUACAUUGCCAGCACAAUUCCUCCAUGGUAUUUGGUCGACACUUGGGGCCGCAAACCGCUUCUUCUCAGCGGUUCGGUGGUCAUGGCUGUGUCUUUGUUUUCCAUUGCGUAUUCGCUCUUCCUUGACAACAAAUACACCGCGCAUGUGGUCGUGGGCUUUGUCAUUGUAUUCAAUGCAGCCUUCGGCGCCAGUUGGGGCCCUAUCCCGUGGAUGAUGAACGAGGUGCUUCCCAACUCAGUGCGGUCAAAAGGUGCGGCAGCGUCAACGGCCACAAACUGGCUCUUCAACUUCAUUGUGGGCGAAAUGACCCCCAUUUUGUUGGCUGAGAUCAAGUGGAGAACCUACCUCAUUCCUGCCUCUUCGUGCGUGUUGUCGUUCUUGUGUGUGCACUUCUUGUUUCCAGAAACAAAGGGCCUCAGUCUCGAAGAGAUGGGCUCUGUGUUUGAUGACAGCUCUUCCAUCUUUUCAUUCCACUCAGGCUAUAACUACGGCAGUCUCGAAGCAUCAUCGUCCCGCAAUGGCACCAGCAGCGAUGUUCUCACCCAACAAUCCCCAGCCCAAAUGGCACGCAAUCCCUCAUACAAGCGGCCCGAAAUGGAGGGUCUCAUUACGGGAACACCUGUGGUGCCUCAGAUGCCGCUGUCGACAGACUCCUUGAAGCCAGUGGCCUCCGAUGUGUCUUCGCAGUGGGACGAUACCGCCGUGGAGCCUCCAAGUGUAGAGGAGGUUCUCGAGUACAAGCGGAAGCUCCAGGCCAAGUCAUGGUGGGGCGCCAUGAAGCAGUCCAGUCCAGCAUAG